GGAGUAGCGCUGAUCCCCCUACCAGCAGCUCUGCUAUGGGUUGAAGCCUUAGACUUGUGUCAUCAAUUGAUGUGGAAUAUAAAUGUGGCUGCUCCUUGUUGAUUGUCAUUCCAAAGUCUCUUGCUAUUCACCAUUCGACGGAGCAGUCUGUUUGCUUACAGCUUGGUAAGAUGUCCAGCCAUGACCGCCAAAGUGAGCCGACUGGCUUCCUGCGCAUUACCAAGUUCUUUAUUGACGAUGAGUGGCUGCUCCAGGGAUUCUGGUUCAAUUUACUAACAACCUUGGGCUGUGUCCAUUCUAUGGUUUUUGGCGCCUUCCACAUGAGCUUCUAUAUGGCACGGGGAUUGACCGCUCUUGAAGUGGCAGCUGUUCACAGCUUCUUUUCCAUUUGGAAUCCCCUAAAUGAUAUUGUUGCCGGAUUUCUCGUGGAUGAGUGGGUAGCUCGUGGGUUUGGCUCUCGGCUACGUUUGUCCCUUUGGGCACAUCUUGGCUAUGCUGCAACUACCUUCGUUGCGUUUCAAGAGAUGUCAAUGCCCAUCUGGCUCCAGUAUGCCACAGCCAUAACAUGCUCCGAUGGCUUUGCAGCAGUUGCAACAGCAGUAAACGGACUCAUCCUGAUAGAACAAACUAAAGAAGAUCGGCAACGGAUUCAAAUCCAGCGAUUGAACUCCAUUUUUGGAUGCUUGGAAUGGGUGGUGAUGUCAUUGGCAUAUUGGCUUUGGGACUCUCGGCCAGGUUAUUGUGGAGUGUUCCGGUUUUAUCUUUUUCUGGUAUGCUGCUUGUCAGCUGCUACAACCCUGCUUGCUGUUCGUCAGCUACACCAGCCUUCUAAGCCUCGCAGGGAGAGGCGUUCCAUGAGGGAGAGGCUUCGGCAUUUCUUCCCGGUGGCUUUGAAGCACCAUAAUUUUUGGCGCUACGCAUCUUUAACAGCAGCUUUGGACGCUGAAGGUGUCUUCUUCCGUCAAUUUGACGUGGUCCUUGUACAGCUCUUGCUGUCCUCAUGGAGAACUGCUGCCAAGAUCUUGCUUGUGAUUGGUGAUCCUUUUUGUGGUGCUUUAUCUUUCGCGUUGACUUGGAUCGCCGAGCGACCUGACAUGGGAAUCUACAGAGUGAGCCUGGCAGCAUUGCGAGCUCGCAUGCUUGUGAGCAUCAUAGCCUGCUGUGUUGUCUCUACUUUAAAGUUCUUUGAUGCCAGCGAUUCCUUCUACCUCAACGCCGAGAUAUCCUUUCUACUUUGUCUUCUGAUGACAACGUGCCGUGCAGCAACGAGACCUGCUACCAGCUUGGGAGGAAUUGUAUUCGCGUCGGUCAUCCAGGAGCACCUCCUUGUGGCAGAUGAAAUGAGUCACAACACGUCAACCGGUCCGUUGCAUGACGAUGAUGCGGGAAAGUAUUGGAUGCUAAGAGCCGCGUUGGUGAAGCCGCUCAAUUCGUUGGGUCCAGUUAUUGGUAGUGCCGUCCUUGCAGCCGGCGGCUACACCCCCCACAAAGAGGGCCCGGAGGACGCGAGCAUCCAAGUUGCUUCAACUCUUUGGUGGACUUGCGCCUGGCUUCCAGCGGUAGUGUCGCUGAUUAUUUCUGGGGUGGCGCUGCGAUCAUGGAAAAACUUUACACUUCAUGGGGCCAGACUGGAGCAAUUGGCUCGCCUUGACCGAAAAUCAGAGGGGCAAGUUCUUUGACAUGACUGAAUAGCGUGCUCGGUCGGAUGUAAAGGCAUCCAGUUUUAGUUUCAGCAUGCGAUAGGAAAAGAAUGGCAUUUACCAUUGCUUAUCAUGUCAAUGUUACCCAAUCACAAGACACUCAUUUAGCCACCCAUGUCACUUCGGCUUUGGCGCCAGUUUGGACCUUUGCGGCCUGGCCGCUGUUUCUGCUUCUAUCCGACAGAGGUUGACCUUGUGCAUGUCACUAGCACUGUAACACACGUGCCCACGUGUAUUUGGGCAGAGACAAUGCUAAUAUUUGCUCUGUGCCGCAGACCUAUGACAACUUGCUCAAUGCUCGGGCCAACAUGGUGGAGAACCUGCAG